AUGGCCCCGCCAGAAUCCUAUCUCGUCAUUGGCGGUGCGGGCUCCCUUGGAGAAGUCGUCGUGCAACAACUCCUGGCUCGUGGAGAGAGCAAGGUGUCCAUCUAUGACGCCCUCCCGUUAGCGCCCGAGCAGCACAACCGCUUUGGUGGCUUCGUCCAGUCGUUUGUUGGAGAUCUCACCGCUGCGGAUAAUACAUUCGAGGCUGCCCUCGUAGCAUCUGAGGCGACCUGCAUCAUCCACUGUGGAAUGGUUGUUACACCGACAAGCCAAGCUGCUCUCUACCCCGCGGGACCUCUACCCUUCUUCACGCCCGCUCAGAGAAAAGCCCAGUCUGACGCCCUCCGUGACCUUCACCGCAAGAUUAACACGGACGGCAUGCGUCGUGUCUUUGCAGCCAUUCUCCAAGGCGGCAGUACCGUAACGCAGAUGGUCUACAUCUCUCAAGCCGACAUCGUCUUCGAUGGAAGUCACAAACCAAUGCUUCGUGAAGCAGAUGCUCAAUACCCCGCCAAGAUUUGGGACGAUAUGCUAGAGCCUGCAUUAUUGGGAGAACGAAUGGUGUUGAGCUUUAAUGGCGUCGAGUCGUUGCGAACUGCGACUAUCCGUCCUGCUGCUCCUUAUGGCCCUGGACGAAACAUUGCUAACUCUAUCCGUGAACUUCAGGCUAAACCCGGCAUAGCAACCCUUCAAAUUGGGGACAACACCAAUCUCGUUGACCGCACCUAUGUCGAUAACAUCGCCCAUGCCGCCAUAUUGGCAGCUGACCGCCUCUCGCCUGUCCACCCCAACCACAAAGCCACUGUCGGCCAAGCAUUCUUCAUUUCCGAUGCAUCUCCCCGCCCGUUAUGGGAUUUCUUGCGCGAUAUUUGGAGCAGUGUGUCGUCGCUUCCGCGAGGAAUCCCGACCCACAUCUCCAAGACACCCAUCUACAUGGCUGCUGGGUUCGUGGACAUGAUCAACAACGUCCGGGGCAAGAAAACGAAUGCAUUCAAGCGCAUGCAGUUUUUGUGCGCUACGCGGACCUAUGAUAUCAGCCUAGCGCAAAGUGUGUUGGGUUAUGCGCCGAUUGUGUCAUACGAGGAGGGUAUUCACAAGACGGCAGAGUGGUGGCUUCAGCAGCAGCUCAAGUUGUGCCAGAGCAGACGGGUGGAACCAGUCCAGCCACCUUUGUAUGACCCUGAGGAGAAUAUGUAUAUCUCAGAGAAGAGCCCCUUCUUCUGA